CUGCUAAAAGACAGCUUGCCACAAAAUGGCGACUGCAAGCGGUGAUAUUUUAACUGGAUCUUCAGCGUCGGACUUGCGCAGACAGCUGAAUCAGUUUCUCCAAGGGACAAGUAAUGGUGGCCCAGUGAGUUAUGAUGCUCUCUCGCAUUCAGCCUUAUAUUUACUGCGGACUGUUCCUGUUGCUCGCCAUGCUGUCCUGGAGCACUACUCCAUGUCUUUUGAUGAUGCCAUCAACACAAAUUUAAGCUUGUCAGAACGAGGACCAUGGGGAGGACAAGACCCUGAGGUGAUUUUGAGGAGUCAGCAAACAGCAUUACAGGAUGUCACUGGAGUCUUGCUAAGCUUCAUAAAAUCAAAUGCUGAAGCAUGGGCGCCCAUUGUAUCAACAUGGGCGUUGUCCCUUCUAGGUAUGGUCAGCACUAAGUACGCAGCCAAACGAGGAGUCCAGCACUCCACAUCACUGAAUGAGGUACUGCAGAUGUGGAUGGCCUGCCCACCUGCUAAGAUGCUGAUAGAAAUCACAACGGAAUGCUUUGCAGCUAUGGUUGGUGGUGCACCAGAUAUGUGUGUUGAUGCUUUGCUAGAAGCAUCUGUUCGCUACUCUCCAAAUUUUGAUUGGGUUGUUGCCCACAUUGGAUCGUGUUUUCCGAGGACGAUCAUCACUCGUGUUCUCAACUGUGGCUUGAAAGAUUACUGUACCAGUAGCUCUGAUGGCCUGGAUAAGGAUAUGGCCAAUAAUAGGAUGAAAGUUCCCAAAAUGGCCUCCGUUGUUGGUAUCUUGGGCCAUUUGGCUGCUAAACACAGCCAAGACAUUCGCAAAGCUCUAAUGGCAUUGUUUGAGGCGAGCCUUCAUGGGGAGUCACAGAGCAACAGAAUGACGACUCUGCCCUUCCUUCUUCAGUUGGCCUCCAUGUCUGACAUGUUACUGCAAAUAUUGACUUCGGAUUUAGUUGCCGUCUUGAGUCCUGCUGUAGUCAACAAGCUACACAGACAGUUUACACACUGGAAGCGCGCUGCUCCAUCUGAUUACAACAGCUUUUUAAACCUUGUUGUCCACCUGAUCGCCAAGUGUAAGGUCGGGUCAUGUGACAUGAUCAACUUCCUUCUACAAACAGCCAUACCACAAGAGGAUAACAAUGGUGGAGAAAUGCCCUUAGAAGAAGUCAGAGAUACUUGCAUAGAAAUUAUGCACAUUCUUUUGUUUGAACUACAACGUGGUGUAUUGUCCAAGAAGGGCAAUGGAUUAAUGGGGGACAUGCCGUUGUUGACAGGAUUAGCUGCACAAGUGGAGGCUCUCCCUGGAUUGUUGUUGAGUAGCCGUGGAAACAGAAUACCCUGGCUGUUGAAACUGUUGACCUAUACAGCCCUACAGGCAGGAGAGAACUGCGCAGCCUCUAUCCUGGCAGCUGUUGUCUUCAACUCCCAGACUCCACAGCAACUGGGAGCGUUCUACAGACUGAAGCAAGGAAUUGAAUUGGGCAUCCCCACAGUCACACAGUGUGUUCUUGCUCAGAUCUUCAAUAAACUCGAGUCAACGGCCGCAUCCUUACCUCUACCCAGCACACCCCUGCACUCCUCUGCUGCACCAGAGAUCAAUGUGUUACAGGCGUUCAGGAACCUGGAGAGGAUUGUGUGUGUGGAGCAGAUGAAGAUCAGAAAAAAAGCUUUCUCCUGCAGCACAAUCAUUGAAGGCCUGCGACAACGCCACUCUGUGCUGUGCGACUUCCUCCUCUCUCCUGACCCCAACAUCAGCUUGUGUGCCCUGCGUCUGAUGACCAUGGUGGGGUUCCCGCAGGAUCUGAGCAUCUCCCUCCUGACCAGGCUCUGUGGGGUGGUCACUGUCUGCUUCUACUCGUCUCUUCAUCUCAUCAUAGAAAGUACAGGUUCCCUGACAAAACGAAACAGGAUGACAGAACUCUGUAUGUCAUGUAUUGAACAACUGAGUUGUAUCCCCUUCACCAAGAGUUUAUUUAUUCAUUACCUUGUUGAGGGUGCUGUUCAAAAGGAAAACUGUUACCUGUUUGGUGGGAGGUGCCCUGUGACAGCCGUCAUCAACUCCAGCACCUCCAGUGGUAACACAGACACAGUCUCCCUUCUGGAGGAGAACCGCCAGCAGAGUCUGUCCAUCGCCUUGCCCAGGUUCCACUCCAGCGUUUACCAUGGGGGUGUCAUACGACAAAUUGGGAAGGCGCAGGCCCCACAUAAACCAUUGCCUAAACACCUCGUAUCUAAAAAUUGUCUGACCUUCACUGAAACCCUCUGGCUGUGCUGUCGUGAGCUCACUCAAGCUGUUCCAGCUGCUACUGUUGAUGGCACCAACGGGCAGAAGGAAGAGCCAAUGGAAACAAAUCAGCCUCCCACUAACAUAACACAGAACAUAAGUGAGGGCUCAGCUCGUACCCUGGGCUGUGUGAUAGUUGACGUCUUAACUUUAGAUUCCCUGUAUAACGACGUCCAUUGGCAGGAUCCUGACUUCCGCAGGGUCACAACUGAAAGGGAUACCCUUGUAUGGAAACGACUAGAGGAGCUGCCAGUGCUAUGGAAUGUCAUCCAAGAGUUUAGUUCCAGCUGUGUAUUCCUGUAUUACCUCUCCCCUGUGCUGAGAUCACUAAUGGCAGUCAUGAUGAACCACUUGGAAGUUUCUAGAGAAGGAUUCAUGAGAAACUGUCCCAAACAGUGUGAGGCAGCUAUCAAGUUGGUCUACUGUCUAACUCAGGGUUCAUGGAUACCAUCUCCACUUUCAAAUAUCUCAGAAUUGUUUCCCUUUGUUUCGCCAUAUGAGGCUUAUCUUCUCUUGCUAGGUUUAUGGAGAUAUAUCAAGGAAAAACCACCAACAGAACUAGAGAAAGAUAUGAAAAGUAGAACAUGUGAGGCCUCCCAUAUGUUUGUCAUCACAUCUAUUAUACAUGCAAAUAUUGAUCACAUGGGACACCUGUGCCCUAGGUUCUUCAACAUGUGACACCUAAUAUAUAUGUACAGCUUCUGUGUUCUACCCAUUGUUUCAUUUUACUGUAAAAUUAUUCUGUUGCUGAAUAAAAUGUAUUUAUUUUUUUAGUAAAUA